AUGGGCAGCAAAUGCAAAUCCAUAAAACACUUAAGCGACCGCUGCCUCCAUCGUCGCUCAGAGAAGCAACCCCUACUCGAUGUCAAUUUCUAUAUCGAACAUUUUGUCACAAACCAACAAUGGAGAUCCAACUAUUCCCGGUUUCCCCAGCGACUCAGCAAAAUCAGAGACGUCAAAGUUUAUCCUUCAAGCAAUUUUCCAUCUCAUUCUCUCCCAUUUUCAACUUUACAAAAAUAUUCUACUGAGUCGAAGAUUGGAUUUUUGGGAUGGUAUUUGGGCAAGCUGGAGUCCUAUCCACUCAUUACCAAAAGCAUAACAUCCUCGCUUAUUUACGCAGCCGCUGACUUAACAUCGCAGAUUAUUACAUCGCCGUCUUUCAGUUCUAUUGAUUCAAUAAGGACAUUGCGCAUGGCGGCAUAUGGGAUGCUAAUUUUAGGGCCAUCACAGCAUUUUUGGUUCAAUUAUAUGUCAAAAAUUUUACCAAAGCGGGAUACAUUAACAACAUUGAAGAAGCUUUUCAUGGGCCAGGCUGUAUAUGGCCCUUCUAUUACUGCUGUUUUCUUCUCCUAUAAUGCAUCUUUACAAGGUGAAAGUGGUGGGGAGAUUACAGCAAGAUUGAAACGUGACCUUCUUCCAACAUUGGCAACAGGUCUAUUGUACUGGCCAAUAUGUGAUUUCAUUACAUACAAAUUUGUACCUGUUCAUCUACAGCCAUUGGUGAACAGUUCGUGUGCAUACAUUUGGACAAUUUAUCUGACAUACAUGGCAAGCUUAAAAAAAGUGAGCUCUGAUUAGUGGUGGCAUAUAAAUUCAAUUCAUGUAAGAUCUGUUUCCGUUUUCUGGUUCAAGUUGAAAUCAAUUGUUAAUAUCAAAUUUCUGGUAGUUUUGGAUUAGUUAAGAAUCAUAGUUGUAUUAUCAAAUCUGAGUUUUGCAGGAGAUUGACCUUCUCGAAGGAAAUGAGUCUAAUAAUUGAUCAUGAACUUUUGUUUUUAUAACUUUGGUAAUUAAGAAAAGUGAAUGUAGGUUGUAAGAUAUUGGUUAUAUGAGUAGUGGGUUGGUUGCAUUGACUUUGUAUUGGUAGCUCUAGACUCGGUUUCCACUUGGUAUGGAUAUGAGUCGAUUCAUUGAUUGCUUGGUCCAAAAUCAAUGUUCUCCUGUGGUUGAUCAAUUUGAUGAGUUGGAUAAAACUUGCCAUUUAUCUUGAAACGGGUAGUCUGGCUUCUUGCAGUUUAUAUUUCAGAGUUCAAGGCCAAAAAACAGAUGGCAUUAGUAAGUUGUGUAAACUUUUACGUUUUGGUUUUGCUAUAUUCAACUCUCAUGUUUCAAUACUAUAUUCUAUUGAGAGGUCUUGAAACUGAAGCAAACUUGCAGGUUAAUAAAUUAUUUUACUUCCCACAGCACCUCUCUUCCCCCGAAGAAGUGAAGGAGCCUUGAAUACAACAGUUUACGCAGCCUAGAAAGAAAGAACAAGAUCUUGGGUAGUUCCG